ACUAAGCUCUUACUUCCUACGAGAGACAACCGGAGAGAAGAAGAGACAAAAAGGAUGAGUUGUGGAGAAAGCAAGGUGGUGUGUGUGACAGGAGCAUCAGGGUUCAUAGCAUCAUGGCUGGUCAAGCUCUUACUGCAACGAGGGUAUACUGUCAAAGCCACCGUUCGGGAUCCAAAUGAUCAAAAGAAAACAGAACACCUGCUCUCACUUGAAGGAGCAAAGGAAAGGCUUCAUCUAUUCAAAGCUGACUUGUUAGAUGAAGGUUCUUUUGAUUCUGUAGUAGAUGGUUGUGAAUGUGUUUUCCAUACGGCAUCCUCUGUACUUCUUUCAGUCACUGACCCUCAGGUUCAUUUCUUUGCAGAAUUAUUGGACCCUGCUUUGAAGGGAACGCUUAAUGUCCUUGAAUCGUGUGUGAAGGUUCCCUCUGUUAAAAGGGUGGUUAUAACAUCCUCUAUUGCAACAGUUGCAUUUAACGGAAAACCUGAAACUUCUGAUGUAACCAUUGAUGAAACUUGGUUUUCGGAUCCUGCUUUUUGCGAAAAAUCAAAGCUUUGGUAUGUGCUUUCAAAGAUACUAGCUGAGCAAGCUGCUUGGGAGUUUGCAAAAGAGAAAGGCAUUGAUAUUGUUACAAUAAAUCCGGCAUGGGUGAUUGGCCCUCUCUUACAGCCAACUCUAAACUUAAGUGCGGAACAAGUUCUAAAUCUCGUAAAUGGGAAGGAACAGUUUCCUAACAAAAAUUACAGAUUUGUUGAUGUUAGAGAUGUUGCUAAUGCACACAUUCUAGCCUUUGAGAACCCCUCAGCUUGGGGACGUUAUUGUUUAGUUGGAAGCACUAACCACUGUUCAGAGAUUGUGAAGAUGUUGAGCAGUAUCUUCCCCACUCUCACUCUUCCAGAUAAAUGUGCAGAUGACGAGCCUUUUCCACCAACAUGCCAGGUAUCAAAGGAAAGAGCCCAAUCUUUGGGUGUAAAGUAUACACUGCUAGAAAGGAUGAGAUGCGGAGGAGGGAAGGUUGUGUGUGUGACAGGAGCAUCUGGGUUCAUAGCUUCAUGGCUGGUCAAGCUCUUGUUGCAACGAGGUUAUACUGUUAAAGCCACUGUACGGAACCCAAAUGAUCAAAAGAAAACAGAACACCUACUCUCACUUGAUGGAGCAAAGGAAAGGCUUCAUUUGUUCAAAGCAGACUUGUUAGAUGAAGGUUCUUUUGAUUCUGUAGUUGAUGGUUGUGAAUGUGUUUUUCAUAAGCCAUCACCUGAGACACCUGUAAUAGUUCCAGCCACUGACCCACAGGCAGAAUUAAUUGACCCUGCUUUGAAGGGUACUCUUAAUGUCCUUGGAUCGUGUGUGAAGAUUUCGUCUGUCAAAAGGGUGGUUAUCACAUCCUCUAUGGCAGCAGUUGCAUACAAUGGAAAACAUUUAGCUGAUGAUGUAACCAUUGAUGAAUCCUGGUUUUCAGAUCCUGCUUUUUGUGAAAAGACAAAGCUUUGGUAUCAGCUUUCAAAGACAUUAGCUGAGGAGGCUGCUUGGAAGUUUGCAAAAGAGAAAGGAAUUGAUGUUAUUACAAUAAAUCCGGGAUGGGUGAUCGGCCCUCUCUUACAGCCAACUCUGAACUUUAGUGUGGAACCAGUUCUUAAACUCGUAAAUGGGACUGAAAAGUUUCUUAACACAACUCACAGAUUUGUUGAUGUUAGAGAUGUUGCCAAUGCACAUAUUCUAGCCUUUGAGAACCCUUCAGCUAGUGGCCGUUAUUGUUUAGUUGGAAGCAUAAAACAUUGUUCAGAGGUUGUGAAAAUGUUGCACGAUAUCUCCCCUGAUCUCAAUCUUCCAAAUAAAUGUGCAGAUGACAAACCUUUCACACCAACUUACCAGGUAUCAAAGGAAAGAGCCCAAUCAUUGGGUGUAAAGUAUACUCCGCUAGAAGUGACACUAGAGGAUACUGUUGAAAGUUUGAAGGACAAGAACUUCUUCUGAUUAUGGAACUCAUUCGCAAGUCAUGAAACAGUUACAGAUUGAUAGUAUAUGUACCUCUCAGUCUCAGGUUUUAUCGUUUAUGAUAUCAUUGCCUUAUGUAACUUAUAGCUUGUGGUGACGAUUUGCAUAUAUUGGUGCUUUGUAUCAUUUGCAAAAACUAUAACUUAUCAGAAAGUAUAAUGUGUUGACAAUC